AUGAUUCCGGCUGGAAUGGAGGAAGAGACAGAAGUCGAAGUUCCGAGCUCUUUUGUUGCUAGAGAGCGUGCUGAAUCUGCUCGUAAAGCGGAAUUGGAGAGAAGAGAAAAGGAGAAAAAGGAGAAGGCAGCCGCAAGUCCAACGAGACAGGAAUCACCAACGAGGACUGCUCGCCAACCUACAAGCCCUACGCAGCAGGAUUCAAUGAAUGCAAUUUCGCCACAAUCACCUUCAUCUCGACUAUUUACAUCUGAAGCUAAAAAGGAGCCGCCAUCAACAGAGGAAGACGAAGAAGAUGAAGUGUCUGUUGAG